UAGAUUACACUGCUCGUUAGCGCAGGAUCCCAGCUAGCCCAGAAGAUGACGAGAAAGUAUGCGCGUAUAGUAAGUGCCUCUGUAUGUAUUCUAGCCACUGUGUUCUGAAGGACGCGGAAACUUUGUGGAAUGCCGUUACGGAACAGUUUCUCCUUAUAGAUCUGCCGAACCUUUAACACGACAAACUUGACUGCUUGCGCGUACGUCCGCCGUAGCUUUAGAACCUGCGAGUCAUCUUAGCCACUGCAGAAAGCAUACUUUCGCAUGCCUUUGCGAAGUAAAAAGAAAUUUGUAAGAAUUAUUUUAGACUAUUGCAACGCCUCGUAGGAGAGAGCACACAUGAAUGAAGGCGUUCGCAAUUAUGGUACUGAGAUUUCGAGGUUGCUUGCUUUUUUUCUCGUUUUCCCUUUUUUUUCUUUUGGCGCAGUCUGCGUUGUUUGUCUUUGUCGCUUGUCUACCAUAAAUAUAUAGACGAAAGCCAGCACUUGCUUCGUUCGUUACAUUCCUGUGUGUACCUAUGCUUUGCGCCCCCACAUCAUAAACGUGUUCGUUUGCCAGGCAUAACGACACCUCAAGGACAACCACUUCGAGUUCGUUGACAAUAUCUGGCCUUGAAGCAGCUAAUACGGAAGCGUUGUCCACGACAGGCACGCAGUGUGUUUGCAAGCACAUUGCUCACCAUAGCGGAACCCAAUUUAGGCGGUCAUUGAUCUCCGAGCCGUGGAUUACCAUGCCAAGAGGAGGAAACGCACUCGUAGUUCAAGCGAGUGCAAUCGAGGAUUUUCUCGGUGAAUAGACGCGGUACAACCAGUUCUCCGUCCCGUCUCCAAAUGCGAUACGACGAGAUAAAACUUGUUUGUCGGGCUCGUCGCCACUUCUAGUAUCUCUGUACAGGGUUCAGCAGCUUACACCAUCAAAGACGAGCGAGCGGUCAAGGACUUGAAAGCAGGCCGGAGACGUUUCGUCUAACGCCAAGAAAUACAAUCUGGUUAAACAAAAAAAAACAAAAGAAUGAACAAACGUACACAAGACAACAAACAGAACGCAUAGCAUUUCGCCAACACGUAUUCAGGUUAUCCGCGCGGAAAUCGAGGCAAUCCGAUCGCUUCGUUCGUCGCCCCUCUCGCAACAGCCCUCCCCUUCUCCAGUCUACCCUCAUGUACUCGCGUGAACACUCCGCACAGCUGUGGGGCUUUCCGGUCACGCCGCGUUCAUUAAACACGGCCGCUUCCUGCCAACGAAUCGUGCCGACUUUGGGAGCUGCCGCACGGAGUAAAGAAACAUGGUUAAGCCGGCAAACAGCGUCCUCGCUUGGCUCUUGACUUUGACGUGCCUCUGUUGCGCGGGGACCCAUGAAACGGGUGGCGCUGUCCUUUUGGAAGAGGGAGAAUCUCCGGUUGUACGUAUCUCUGCGGGUAAAUUACGUGGCGCAAAGCGUGCUGCGUUGGACGACAAGUUUGUCUACGCUUUUACUGGAGUGCCUUACGCUAAACCGCCGGUUGGAGAGCUGCGGUACCAGAAGCCCGAGCCCGCUGCGCCAUGGGCUGAAGAAGUCAGAGAUGCGACGAGGACGCCCCCUUCGUGCAUGCAACUCAGCGUAGCUUCGCCUCGGAAUCUACUAUGGGUGCCAUACGAUCAGCCAAAAAGCGAGGACUGCUUGUACUUGAACGUAUGGACACCCACGCUGAACGCUUCAGUAGGGUUACCGGUGAUGGCCUGGCUUCAUGGAGGUGGUUUUCAAUCGGGCUCGGCUGCCUUGCCACUUGAUGAUGGAACACACUUGGCUGCCCUCGGCGAUGUCGUGGUGGUCACCAUCGCCUACAGGUUGCAGUCAUUCGGCUUCCUGUAUGACGAAACGCCCGCUGCCCCAGGAAACAUGGGCUUGCACGACCAGCAGCUCGCAUUGAAAUGGAUCCAGGAAAACGUCGCCGCCUUCGGCGGCAACCCCGCGGAAGUCACACUGUUUGGAUGGAGCGCCGGCGGCAUUUCUACCGGCUUUCAUCUGCUCUCACCAGGAAGCAAGUCUCUUUUCAAGCGAGCCAUCAUCCAAAGCGCCGGCGUAACCAAGAAGGGACGAGCAAAAGACAAGUCCGAAAUGCUAAGCUACUCCCGAAAAUUCGCUGCUAACUUUGGAUGCUACCACGAGGAAUCGGCUGCGAACACAUCUCAGAGCAUUGCGGCAUGCAUGAAGAAAAUAAACGCCACUCUACUUGCGUCUGCUGAGCCAACGUUUGUUGGCGGCAAGUUUGAACCCAUCUUUGGAGACGAGUUCUUGCCCGUAGAGCCUCGCAUCGCGGAGUUUCCAGGCGAUAAGGACGUCAUCAUCGGGCAGACUGCCAACGAAGGAACCAACCAGCUUUACACAAGCUUCAGAGAUACCUUUUCCGAGGCUCUCCCUCCCCGGCGAAUUAACAAAGCAGAAAUGGUGCAUUUCUUGAGCAGUUUGUACAAUAAACUCUCCCUGUCCGAGAUAAAGAAGCUUCAGGAAGAGUACAUGGGGGAUAUCGGAGACUUCGAUUACGACGCCCUACGACAGGCGCUGGCCGAAACAAAGGGUGACUCGCAUGUUACUUGUGGCGCCCUCAACACCGCGUGCAAGUUGGCCAAUGCGACCGCUGACGCGCAAUCUGGGAAGGGAGUUCGCUAUUACGAGAUGAACUACGUGUCCGCCUGUCCAAACAAGCUGCCGUGGUUCGGCAUGACCCACGGCGACGACCAACCGCAAGUGUUCGGCAGGGCCUUCGAUAAGCAGGGUGGAUGCGCCGGUGACACUUCGUACAGCAGGCGCAUCAUGCAGAUGUGGAGUGAUUUCGCCCAUGGAAGGUCUCUUUCCGGAUCCGGAGGUACUGACUGGCCAAAGUUCACAUCUGACUCCAGGUCCUACUUGAAACUUACAGCAACGGGAUCAGAAGUGUCAACUUUCAACAAUGGGGAACGCUGCAAGACACUCAAAGAACUUAAACUUUAUUGAAGCAAUGAGUGAUUAAAGUAGAAUAAGUGCCUACUUCUAAGUGCUGUAACAACAAAAAUAGCGGGGGGUCACACCUGACAAAGAAAACAUACGCGCCUCUCUCUCUCUCUCUCUCUCUCUCUCUCUCUCUACAUAUAUAUAUAUAUAUAUAUAUAUACAGAACGUACAGAACAUUUGUUCGAUCGAUUUGGGAGUACGCCUCCCCAGUUUGGAGCCCUCACGAACUGUACUUGCGAGAGAAACUCGAAAAAAUUCGGAGAACCGCGGUGCGUUUUGUUUGUUCGCGUUAUCGCAGAGCCGAUUCUGUAACGCACAUGUUGAAAUGUUGCGACUUGGAAUUGCUAGAAACACGACGAGAAAAACAACCAAUGAAAUUGUUUUUCCAGAUAACCAGAAAUCAAAUAAGAAUAAACAAAGAAACAUACAUUCGCCCCCCUUUCAAACACAAUGCGCGUUUAAACCUCAGUGCUAGUGUACAGCCUUAUAAAACACGCCUUGAUGGUUUUCAAUACUCGUUCUUUCCUUCGUGUAUUAAUAUAUGGAAUGGCCUUCCGGAAUGCGCUGUAACAGCACAAAAUGUUAACGAAUCUUGUACUCUAUUAGAAUUGUAUUACAGGCAAUGGGAUAAUUAAUAAUUGAUCAUGCUUACUGUUAUUCUGUGUAUAUUUCUUCAUCCUUCCUGUAUUUUCUGUUUGACAAUGAUGUAUAACGUUGUAUUGUCGGUGUGGAAAUUUAAAUUUUUAUUUGUUUCCUCUCCUGUAAUGGCUCUCAAGUGAGGGCUACAGUUUUCCUAAAUAAAUAAAUAAAUAUAGGUGUGUGAAAGGGAAGAAAAUAAACGGAGGGGCUCGAUUUGAGAGAUAACAGUAAGAAGCCAACAGGCAGUCACACCAAGUAAAAAAUAGUAGAAAAUAUUUGUUGUUUUAAUUUAUGUAGAAAGUGUGGAAAAUAAUAAAGAAAUGAACAUAAAAUGGACGAAAAAGUAAGAGGCAGCACAUGACCUGCAAACCCGCUUUCGAAAUACGUGUGCGAUUCUUUUACUGACUCAGCUAGCACGACGCCAAUGUGCCGUUCGCGUUCUGGGCUGCUUAUGACUGUUUAUAUAUGUGUACUUGUACAAUAUAUACGCAUAUACAUAUAAGGAGAGAGACACAAGAACGAGAUAAAUGCCUUGGGAAAAUUUGAGAAUUCGCAGCUCGCUGACUCAUUUUUUUGUCUUAUCAGUGGCUCGUUAGAACAAGGCGGAAUACAUAGCACAAACGUGUUCUGGUAACAAAGAAAUUGCACUCUUCACUAAUUUAGAUACAUAUAUGGUGCACUAUGGCUACUUAUGGCCUAAUUAGCGUGCAUAGUUAAUUUGUUCUUAAAAUAGAUGUUAGUUUUUACCGUACUGGACACUCCACUGGCAUGCAUCUGAAUGACAGUAAGUGGACGUAGGUUGCUUCACGGCUGAGAUUCAAUUGCUUUCUUACAACGCGCAUACUCGGGCUGUUAAUUUUAAACGAUAACCAGGGAAAUUUGGUUCCCUUAAAAUCACACAGAACUUCACCUCCACCGACGCAAGGAAUCUGUUGCCCGAAAAUGUGGCUCCACAAUCUCUGAUUGAAUAUGUUGAAGAAUUUUCCGAACACUUCCCUCCUAUAGCCUGAGGAGAGCCAAGCGUUUUAGAUAAUUAUGACAACACUACUAUAUAUAUAUAUAUAUAUAUAUAUAUAUAUAUAUAUAUAUAUAUAUAUAUAUAUAGGGAGAGAGAGACAGAGACCGAGAGACCCUGUUUCUCGACUGGUCAUGCAACAACUGACAUCGAAAGAAGGAAACUCCACCACCCAACGCUGGAUGAUUAGUUGCAUGUUCAGAGUUUUCAUUGUUGCAAGAGAAAGUAAAGAGACAUCGAUACUGAGAACCGUA